AUGGAGAACCCGACAGGGCUCAUCUCAUUUGGCCUGGCGGAGAAUAGACCAAUGAGAGCGGAGAUAGCCAGAUAUAUCAACCAAAAUGUCGUUUUUACACAAGAUUCUAUCAGCUACCGCCCAAGCGCACCGACAGCUGCAAGAUUACCAGCUGCUGCUGCAGUUCACCUGAACAAUAUCCUCAAACCACAUGCCCCAAUUGAUCCCGAGGACAUAUUAGUGGCAGACUGUCCGACUUCUCUUGGCAGCAUGCUAGGACACAGUCUCGCAGAAUCCGGGGAUGGGAUCCUCGUCAGCAGACCCAUAUAUGGCCGCUUUGAGCUCGACUACGGCGUUGAAUCUGGCGUUAAAAUGGUUUAUGCUGAUACAACUGUGGAAGAGGCAUUCUCUCCUGCUUGUGUGGAAAAAUAUGAACUGGCUUUUAAGGAAUCCUCCAAGAACAUUCGAGCUGUUCUGCUCGUCAAUCCACAUAACCCUGUCGGUCGUUGUUACCCAGUCGAGACACUCAAGGCUAUCACCCGAUUCUGUAAUAAGCAUAACCUCCAUCUCAUCAGUGAUGAGGUAUACGCUUCAUGCGUGUUUAAUUCUGGUGACCCUGAGGCUGUGCCAUUUACGUCAAUCCUCUCGCUGGAUCUUGCGGGAUUGAUAGAUCCUAACCUGGUCCAUGUGUUAUAUGGUUUCAGCAAGGACUUCGCUUCUGGAGGCCUCCACCUUGGGUUCUUGGUGACCAAAAAUCGGCAGCUUCGGCAAGCCUGCAGAACAAUCCUGAGACUGCACGGCGCUUCACAAGCAGCGGUGACUAUCGGCACCGUGAUUCUAGAAGACCAAGCUUUCGUGGCAAGCUUCACAGCCAAAGCAAGACAGAGCCUCGCUUCAGCCUACCGGUUUACAACCUCAGUGCUCAACAGGGAGGGAAUCAACUAUGUCAAGGGCGGAAACGCUGGCUUCUUCGUCUACAUCGACCUGUCACCAUAUCUGCCCCGUGACGAUUAUCUUACCCCGCGAAACCGGGAGUUUUCUCUUGCUGAGAGGCUCGUCGAUGCUGGUGUGUUCUUACAUCCCGGGGAAGAGCAUUCGAGGGAUAUUGGGUGGUUCCGCCUGGUGUUCUCACAGGAAGAGGAGAUAUUGCAGGAAGGCUUUAACAGAUUGUUGAGUGUUUUAAGGUCAAGUAAAUGA